AUGAAGGGAUGGCAAAGGAAGGUGAGCAUACUGACCUGCGAUCACAAGACUCCGUGCAUUAGGCUAUGUGUCGCCGUUGGAUCUGCGGAGCAUAGCUUUCCUCCACCGCCGCCAGUUGACCUUUUGCGGUCAACACCGCACCACGACUCCGGAGUCUCCGAAAACAAGUGGAAAGCUGCCCCCACAAUUCUUGUGGAUGAAGCUGGACCCGACAAUGGUAUCGCGUCGUCUCCUCGAAAGAGCACUGAAGUCGAGGACCCUGAAACUUUCCGCUUGGCGAGCCGACGCUACUUUGCAUCUGGGGAAGGAGCGAAGACAAACGUCACCUCCAACUGGCUUUCAGGUUUUCGAGCUUGGCAUGUGCAACACAACAUGUUUGGUCCGAUGUGUGGCGAUAGAGGAGCCUCUGUCAAGACAGCAUCUCUCAUUCUUUCCAUCCACAUCACCCAAUACUCCCAAUUAGCGCCAGACGUAACCACACAGAAUGUCAACUACACGUCCAACCAAGCCAUCGACAGCGACAGCGAAGCCUCCAUCAAGUCUCCUUCCCGACCGACGCCCGCACCGGGAGCUCUCAAGCCAUCUCCAGCCACGAAUCCACGCACCAAGUCCAAGUCCUCAGCACCCAAGAACCCCACCGCCGCCUCCCUCCGAAAAGUCGGUCCUGCCCCGUCCAAUGCCCAGAAGUCGGGCAACUGGGUCAACCGCACCGUCCAAAACAGCGUAGCAGGCGUGGGCAACUACGCAGGAGCUUUCAUCACCUCGAUUGGCAAUUCAGUAAACAAAGUCGGCGAAGGAAUCGGAAACCAGAUCUCCAACACCACAAGAUAUUGGGGACAAGGUGUUGCAGGGUAUGGGAAUGAUAUCAAGGAUGGUGUAGGUGUUGGUGGACCGAGAGUUGCUACCGCGGGGAACCCGUUGGGACUUGCUGGACAGGGGAGUGCGAAGGCUGGACCGACGAAGAAGAUUGAGGGGACGGCGAGGAGGAGUGCUGGGGGAAUUAGGUCGGAAGAUGUCGAGAUCGGACGGAUGGAAAAUGAACGUAUGAGUGUACCAACGGAUGAGCUUCGUGAUUUUGAUAUGGAAAGCAGAGAUGCAUGCCCCUUGUACUUCGGCGCCGUCUGCCACGAUCAUUUCUCUCGCUGGCACGUCACGCUUUGGAUCGAGCAUAUAGCUGGUAAAGCGAAAGAACGUCCAAUCCUGAUAAAGUCCACUCCUGUGCUCUCAGCUGCCAUUUUCCACGUCAGCUCCCACUCCAUCGAAAGCACAGUCGCGUCGUCUUCGUGGCUGAGACGAGUGAAGAGCACCUCAGAUUCGAUGCCUCUGUCAUUCCUUAGUAUAAAAUGUUCGCUUGGACCAAUUGCGCAUUGCAUCCCAUACAGUCCUUCCUUCAACGCUGUAAAAAGCCUGCUUCAAGACUUCCGGUAUGGCUCAUGCUGAUAGACUGACUAGCAGUUACAACGAAGCUAGCUUCCGCUCCAGGAAGCAAAAGAGCACCCAGCUUGCUUGCUGCGAAUCGCUUUGACAGCUCUGAAGUCCCGCUGUGCCAGUUCCAACUCCUACUUUUUCAUUCCGCAAAGUCUAAAUGACCACCAUAAGCUCAUGUCUCUUCAGUUUCUCAUCAUCAAACGCCGGGUAGUAUGGCACCAUGGCAUCGGCCGACUGGACGUAAGCAUCGUUGUACAGUCUCCAAUACGGCGUUCGGACCUUUCGUGCGGGAUGGAAGAGGCCAGCCCACACGUAAUUCAUGACUGCUCCCGUUCCAACCGCAAGCCUAAUCGCAUCGAUUGCUUCUAUCACUCGAUCGAUGACGUGCGGCGAGGUUUCGAACAGGUUUGGGUACAGGAGGUUGAGAAGAUGGAGCAUGGCAUCUUCGCAGCCGAGGCCAACGACGCCGAGCGCGAUAUGCUUGACGACAGAAGCAGCGGUCUGCCGAUGCACUUGGUCGCGAUCGAUAAGCGCAUCUUCGAGGAGUGGAGUGACGGCGUAGACAUAGUCUUUCGCCAUCUCGCCGAUGUACUC